AUGCCAGCCACUCUCAUCACCGCCUACGAACCGGGCUCCAACGUCAACCUAGACUAUUACAUCAACACACACAUGCCCCGCGCCUUCGCGGGCUUCCAGCCCUACUGCAAACGGUGGAAGGUGGUACAGGCGGCGCCAGCGCCGGGUAUGGAACACCCGUUCGAAGUCAUGACGCUGGCUGAGUUCGAUAAGGUCGAAGAUAUCUGGGCGGCGUAUGCCGCGGAGGAAUUUAAGCCUGUCGCGCAGUGGAUUGUGGAUGAUUUGACCAAUUAUGCUCAGAAGAAGCCGCUGGUUUGGGUAGUUGAUGAGAAGGGAAGCGGUCCUUCGUCAUCUUGA